AUGCUUUACAUGUUUCGUGACUAUACAUGGCGAAGUUUGGCGAGUGCAUUAAAAAAACACAAGGAGGAUGUGGCUGAUGAAAUUACAUUGCCACGAUUAUCAUUUGAUCAUAAAUUAGCCGCUCAUCAUUACAAUCGAAUUGAUCAAACAUUUGGUCAACAGAACAUACCAUUUUCAUGUGGUGAAAGAUCUCAUUCAGUGGAAAAUCAUGAUACUGUGCUACCAAUUUUAUACAGAUGUAAAACACCACAACAAAAUGCUCGUUCAAAAACUUACGAGAAUACGUGUGAAAUGUUAGAUCUUAGUAGUGAUUGGCAAAUACGCAUCCUUCUUCAAUAUGAUAAUAUCUCCAUUUCUAAUCGAUCAUUUUCUUUCAAUGAUAUACGAGCAUUUUCUAGCGCUAUUGAGGCAAAUGAAAAUUUAGAAACUCUUACUCUUCAGUCCGUUGGUUUAACAUCACGAUCAACAACAAUUCUCUGUAAAGCAUUACAAAAGUGCAUUCAUCUGGUUUCACUUGAUAUUUCGAAUAAUAAAAUUGGUAAAGAAGGACUAAUGGCCAUAACACAAGCAACAAAGUAUCUUCGAUCUUUAACACAUUUAUCGUUGGCAGGUAAGAAAGAUCAAAAUAAAUUCAAAAUAAAAAAAUGAUAAAACGUUAGCUCUUUUCUAAUUGAAUUUCAACGCAAUAUUUUUCAUCAAACACUCUAUUUUCUUUUCUGAAAAAUUGCACAAUUGUUUAAUUUGUUUCGUUAAAGAGAUAUGUGUGCGUAAAUACUUAGAAUUUACUUAAAAUAAAGUGUCAGAUUACCGACAACUUUUUUCUAUUCAACUUCACAUGUUUCUCGAAUGAAAUAAAUUCAAGAAUUAUGCAGUUUUGUGGAAAGAAAAAUUUGAGUUUUUGAUGAAAAAUAUUCCUGUGACAUUCAACUCAAAAAGUUCUUCUCUUGAAAGGUAGGAAUGUACACGGGUCUAGUGCACGAACGCCUUUGUUUUAGACGAAAAUUAUAUAUCUUAUUUUUCAAUGUCAUGAACAGUAUAAUACUAGAUAUAAUUACUAUCCAUUUCAAAAAAGAAGAAGCACGGCCAUUUCUUUGAUAACUUU